CGCGCGCGGCGGCCGCUGCGGCCUGUUGGCGCGGUCGCCGGCAGCCUCGAACGAGUCGAGCUAGUGGCCGUGGUGGCUGUGGCUAGCGGGGAGCGCGUGGCCGGAUCAAUUCUCGAGUGGCCCGUGACCAUGUCCCUGGGGCAGCGGCUGGCGCAGCUGGCAGUUAGUCUGCAGGAGCCGCAGCGGGUGGCGAGCUUCCAGCGUCUGUGUGGGGUGGAGGCGCCGCUCGGCAGCCCGGCGGCGGACAAGGAUGCGGAGACCGAGGUUCGCGGGGCCGCGGGAGACCCCCGGCGACGGGGACCGCAGUCGGGCGCGGAGCGCAACCCCAGCCCGGCUAAGCCCGAUUGCUGCGGCGCCCCCAACGGCGUGCGCAACGGGCUGGCGGCCGAUCCGGGCCCGGCUGGGCCCCGCCGCGCGGGCUCGCUGCGCCGUAACUCGUUGACGGGCGAGGAAGGCGAGCCAGUCAUAGUGAACAACUGGCCGCUCUACUACCUGUUCUGCUUUGGCACCGAACUAGGCAACGAGCUCUUCUACAUCUUCUUCUUUCCUUUCUGGAUCUGGAACCUCGACCCCUUUGUGGGCCGGAGGCUGGUGAUCAUCUGGGUGCUGGUCAUGUACCUGGGCCAGUGCACCAAGGACAUCAUUCGCUGGCCGCGGCCGGCCUCGCCGCCUGUUGUCAAGUUGGAGGUCUUCUACAAUUCGGAGUACAGCAUGCCCUCCACGCAUGCUAUGUCCGGCACAGCCAUCCCCAUCUCUCUGGUCCUGCUCACCUACGGCCGCUGGCAGUACCCUCUGGUGUACGGGCUGGUUCUCAUCCCCUGCUGGACCUCUCUAGUUUGCAUCAGUAGGGUCUACAUGGGAAUGCAUUCCAUCCUGGACGUGAUUGCUGGGUUCCUGUAUACCAUCUUAAUCUUACUCAUCCUCUACCCGUUGGUGGACCUGAUCGACAGCUUCAACCAAACUUACAAACACGCCCCCCUCAUCAUCAUCGGCUUUCACUUAGUUCUGGGCAUCCUGUCUUUCACUCUGGACACCUGGAGCACAUCCCGAGGGGACACAGCCGAGAUCCUGGGGAGUGGCGCCGGGAUUGCCUGUGGCUCUCACGCUGCUCAACAGCUGGGUCUCUUGUUCGACCCUCCUCUACACACAUUGCCCUUAGCUAUCCCCCCCCUUACUGUAACUCUGCUCGGAAAAGCCAUAUUACGAGUCGUCAUAGGAAUGGUAUGUGUGCUCAUCGUCAGGGAUAUCAUGAAGAAGAUCGCCAUUCCUCUGUCCUGUAAACUCUUCAGUAUCCCGUGCGAUGACAUCCGCCAGGCACGGCAGCACAUGGAGGUGGAGCUGCCCUACCGGUACCUGACCUACGGGAUGGUUGGUUUCUCCACCACGCUCUUAAUCCCCUACAUAUUUUCCUUUAUUGGUAUCUCAUGAUGGAGAAAUACUGUUUCUAAGAAAGGAGGCUGCCAGUUAUAUCUAAAAA